UUCUUUCUUUCUUUCCUUUCUUCACAGUUUGUCUCUGUUUGUCUGUCCAUGGUUUGUCUCACUCUGUGAAUCAUUAUUGAUUUUUCUUAUAAUUUUAUCUUCGGCUUCUCACAAUCAUAUUUUACUUGUGUUAAAUCUUUAAAUCCUGCAAUCUCUCAUCUUUUCGCUAUGUCCGCCAAGCUUCAUGAGGCCCAAGAACAUUGUAAAGCUGCUGAGAAAUUCUUGAAAACAUCUCUGCUGAAAUGGAAACCGGACUUUGACUCGGCCGCGGACGAGUACAGUCAAGCAGCGCAAUGCUACCGCAUCGCUCGCGACCUGAACAAGGCCAAGGAAUGUCAUCUGAAGGCGUCCGAGAAUUAUCAGAAGAAUCGCUCCUUCUUCCACGCCGCCAAGGCGUUGGAAAACGCCAUCAUAGUCACCAAAGAAACGGCUAGUCCGGAAGAGAUAUACAACCUAGCUUUGGAGUCGUCAAAGUUGUACCAGCAGUACGGAUCAGGCGACUCCGGCGCAAGUGUUCUGGACAAAGGUGCCAAGAUAAUCGAGGAGAGCAGGCCGGAACUGGCGGCCAAGUUGUAUCAGAUGGCCGCUGACGUAUCCUCGUCUGAAAGCAGCCAACAUCAAGGUUCCGAAUACAUAAGCAAGUCAUCGAGGAUACUCGUCCGGCUUCAAAUGUAUGACCAAGCCGUGGACAGUAUUCGCCACGAGAUAGGGUUCCAUCAGGAAGCUCAGAAUGUUGGCGCCAUCGGUAGGCUCACUGUCGCCAUUGUUCUCGUUCAGUUGGCCAGGGGUGACGCUGUCGCAGCUGAGAAAGCCUAUAAGGAAUGGGGCAACAAUUGCGAAGCGCCCGAGAUGCAAACUAUUGAGCAGCUCCUCCAAGCUUACGACGAGGAAGACCGUGAGUCCGCCAAGAGGGCGCUGGCGUCGCCGUUCAUUCGCAACAUGGACGUGGAGUACGCCCGGUUGGCCACCACCAUUCCACUGCCAGAGGGCAUUGACCCCGCGCCAAAGGCUCAGGUCAGGGAGAACGCCGCACCGUCCUAUGUCAGCCCGAGUGUCGCUAAAUAUGGUGGUGAGGAAUCUCCAUACGAGCCGGUGACAUAUGAAGAAAAGAAGAAGGGCGACGAAGAAGAAGAUUUAUGUUAAAGAGGCUAAUAAAAAUGUUUCGGCAGUCGCACAAUGGUAAGGCCUGAAUCUUUAUCAAGUGUGUAAAAAAUAAAUGUACCAAUAAAAGUCAUGAAAAAAAAAAAACUAUCUGGCAGUCUAAAAAAUAAAAAUAAUUAAAACAAAAUUAAAAAAAAAAUAUUUUUUCGUUCUUUAAAUUUAGAAUUUUUUUUUCUGUUCCCAUCUCUUGACGUGUCUGGGUGGAAUAGAAAGGUGAGGGGUAGUAAAGAUUUUCAAGGUAAUCACAUUUGGAAUAAUCACUCACUCAGUCACAAAUCCAACUUCUUUGGUUUCGAUAGAUAUUUUUCUUUAAACAUUUUGGCUUCCAUAACUGUCUACUUGCUAUAGAAAGACUACAGACUUAAAAAAAAAUUCCACUGUGACUCUUCACACACACUAUUGUCACAUUUAUUUUUUAUAAACUUUACUAUCGUAUUGUCUAUGUAUCUAUAUGGAUGCGUUGUAAAGACGAUUUUAUGUAUUGCGUAUUUUUUAUGAAAAUAUUUUCAACAAGAGAAAAUGUCUACUUUGAUUUGCGUAGCUUAAUAAAACAUUAAGACAUAUUUGUUUAUAUGAAUCAAAUUGGUCUUUAUACUUGAUAAGCUACUAUUUGGUCGGCAUCUAUUAUAAAAUUUCAUAUAAAAUUAAGCAAAAUUUACUUAUUUUGAACUUGCUCAAAGUAUUGGAAAAGUCAGUUUAAAUUUCUUAAUAAUAAUAAUCGUUUAUUUCACCAUAAAACAGUAUGACUGGGUAUAUAUCUCAGUAUCGGGAGUUACAGAUUUAUUAUACGGUGGGUUGGCAGCUGAAUUAGGAUAAGAAUAUAGGUUGCCAACUCUCCAUCCCAAAUAGAAAUGAGAUGUUUAAAACAUUGACAAAGUUAUUAUUUUUUAUUAAAAAAAAAAAACUUUUCACCUUUAACUUUAGUACAUCGAAUACAGUUCCCGGCAUGUCAGUUGACAUAUGCGCAAUUUUGUUUAUGGCCGGCCACUAUAGCGUUGCGCACAUUCCGCCAUUUUGUAUCAACUUAAUAUAGGCACUAAAAAGCGUGUCACAAAAUUAAAUCUUAAUUUAUUAUUGUUGUCGCAAUAUACGAUACUAGGAGGCGGAGGAAAGCUUAGUACGUACCGGUUCUCAUAACUUACCGGUAUUAAAAGUACCUAUUUCUAGGGCAUAUUUCUAUGCCCCUCCAUGUAUUGUAUAUUGUAUAAUUUACUUAUAAUUGUUGUCGCAAAGCUUUAAUGUUUGGGUGUUUAUAAGAAAUUAUAAGAAAUAUUAUGUAUAUUUUGUAAUUUUAUUUUAGAUGAAAAUUAAAAUUCUAAUUAAUAUAUAGUAGUAUAUUAUUAAUUAAUUUAAUAUUUUUUUUACUGAUUGUAACAUACUUUUGCGUAACAAUUUAUUUUAUCAAUAUACUUAUAUAAUAUAGGUGCUUACAUUUAGUGAAUUAUUCAUCAAUAGAUAAAUUAACUAUUUUCGUAUUUGUAAAGUAUAUUUACUGCGUUAAAUAUCAUAGGUUCUGCAAAUUAAGUGCAAAUAAUUCAGUUUGUAUACACUGAAGACGUGGUACAUUCCACCUGUAUGUGGUUGAUAUGCUGCACUCCAUUCGCCGAGACGCCGAGACGUCAAAAAUGUAAAUGGACUUUAUUUGAGACUAGCUUUUACCAGCAGCUUCGCCGGCGCGUAUUCAAAGCCUGACGCGCUUAUUUAUAUGAAUUUUAGCGCCACCAACACCUUUUGUUUAUUUUUAAGUUGGUACUCUAAGAUCAACUCGCGCGAAUUUGGCACCAUCAACAAAAGAAUGCACGUUUUUCGCAAGUCUCACGGGAAUUUUAGAUUUCGCCUAGAUAAAAAGUACCUUAUGUCCUUCUUUAAAUUCUUAUAUAUAUUUUUAAAAUUUCAAGAAGAUUUAACCAAUCUUCUUGUUAAAAUUUUAGAAUGUAGAUAACGCGUGAAGAGGUAACAAACAAAUAAACUUACUUUCGCAUUUAUGAUAACUUGGGAUGGGAUUGAGUGUUCUCACUCUCGCUUACCGUCAAGCAGAAUGAGGUCAACCACACAUUUUCCAAUAAAAAAUUAAAACAUUUAACUACAAUUUAGUAUAGAACACGAGAGUAAAAAAAAAAACAAUAUACCUAGCUAUAAAAAUUUAAUGUUUUCGUAAUAUCUUGUAAGCAUAAACUUUUUUGGGUAAAUAAACCAGACUUAUUAUUUGCACUUAAUUUAUACGGACGAUAUUAUUAUAGAUUUUAAUCAAACUAAUAGCAUUUUCUUAGACCGCAGCCUAAUGUUUGUAUAGUUAUAAAUAUUUCCAUAAGUCAAUUUGAUCUUACCUUGAAUAUAAGUAGAUUGAAUGUAUAUAAUUACAUAUAUAUCUUUGUUCCAUAUGCGUACAGACAAAUUUUUGGAUUUAAUGUUAUCUCACAUAUAUAUUAUUUUAACCGACUUUACAAAGGAGGACGUUCUCGAUUCGACUACAAUAUUUUUUGUCCAUAAAUAUUUAUUAUUAUAAUAUAAUUAUAAUCUAAUGUUGCUUAGUCAUAUAAAUAGGUGUAUUUGUUAAUGUCACAUUACUGUCAUUGAUGCUCUUAAUGCAUUUACGGUAGCCUUUUUAACGGUUCCCCACAAGGAACUUUCUUGAAGUAAUUUCCUUGUAAACAGCAUAAAGAACAUAACGUAAAGAACUUAUGAGAGUGCUACACUGUUGUUUAUUAUAUUCACUGCAAAUAAAAUAAGAGAUGUUAUCUUUUUUAAACUUAAUUUUACGGCAAUGGAUACUAUUUAACAUCCAUGUUAUUUUUUUUCUAAACUAUUAGAUAAUAAUUAAAAAAAAAUUCAAGUAAGAUUUUUUUUAUGCAGUUCAUGUCUAUCUUACUCCUGAGGGGUUAGUGUGAGUUUUACUCGAUCAAACGAAUCGAGUAAGAAAUCGCGAAUUUGUAUGGAACUGCAUUAGUGCCAUGCGUCACCACCAGGUGGCGCUGAUCUAAUCACAUACAAAUUCGCGUUAAAUUGCUCGACUCGUUUGAUCGAGUACUUGCACCAACCAAUCUGGUAAUGUUUAUAUGUUAUUUCACAUUGAAUAUGUAUUAUUAUUAUUUUAGUUUUCUCUGUACAGUGAGGUUUUAUCAUAUACGGUAUGAUAAAAAAGGUUUUAUGAGUUUAUAUAGGUAACAGUAUGUCCACGCGGAGGGAAUGUUAAUUUUUGAUUGUUAAAUUAUGUUGUCCGCGGUCGUAAAAUUAAUAUAAAAAUGGAGCAUCAGACUCUUGGAUUUUUGGCCUACAAUGAGAAAUGUAAAGACCGUUCCGUACAGUUCACAGUGCCGGCAUGUCAGUGUCAGUGAAAAAUUAUUGUGUUGCAUGUCAGUGUCAGUGGAAAAUGAAAGUGUGACAUGUCAGUGUCAGUGAAAAAUGAUAGUAUUGCCAGCCGACCGACAGCAUUCACUUUUCACAGACACCGAUAGUUAUUUGCACUGUAAUGUGCGGAUCGGCCUAACAUAAUUUUGAUAAAUUUAAUAGGUAGAUCUAUGAUAUAAAUUGCUUCAGCUUUGUAAAAAAAAAGAAUUAUCGGAUAGUGAUAUUUCCAGCAAUAAUGGAAACUAAAGGGAUUGAUCUUUAUAAUAUAACCAC